AUGGUCGUUAAGAUCUGGGAUAUCACGCAAGUAUACACACAGGUGAAGACCAAGCUCGAGCGUCUGAUUAUCGCCAAUCUUCCCAUUGAAAUGCAGGAUAAAUAUCUACUAGAUUUACUCCUAUUAGUUGAAGGCCCGCUAUAUGGGAUCCCUGAGGCAGGUGUUCAUUGGUUUAGAACAUACCAGGCGUACCAUCUUAAUAAAUUGAACAUGGAAACCUCGACAUACGACCCAUGCCUUCUUAUCUCAAAGCUAGGAGAUAACGAAUUUGGACUUAUGGGAAUAGGUGAACAAGCCGCGUUGCAAGAGGCAAGCUUUAAAGCAAAGCUAAAAACACGACUCUCGGAGACCAAGCCUCUAGAAUUCAAUAGUGCAAGAAUUACCCUGCAGAAUGGCAUUGUUAAUUUACAACAGAAAGGGCAAGCAGCGAAGAUCUAA